AUGUCUCUGAUAUUCCUGUCGCUCGCAGUGUUACAAGUGUUGUCCAAGCCCGCAGGAUGCCCGUCUCCCGACUUCGCAUUUACUCAUCGCAAUUCAUCACCCAUUCUCCUGUGUGAAGCUUCAAGUGAUGCUGGCGCUCAAAGUCCCAAGCAACUGGCAUAUCGUCAUUUCGUUUCUCGUGAAUCCACCGCCAUGAGUGCUUGGUUGUCGUGGAUGUUCCACGUCGUUGGCCGUGACGAAGUCAAUCUUCGGGGCGUGUUUUUUGACGGUGAGGUCACCGGUGCGAAGCGGUCACGCCGUAUACAAGUUGCUGAUGAACGUGCAGCAUUUGUGUACGUUGAUAAUGCAUUGAAAAAUGCAUUUCCUGCGUAA